AUGAUGUCAGGUCCACUGCAGGAUUCACACAGGCUGUCUGUGAAAACGUGGACCGAGGAGGAGAGCGACCAAGCAGACAGCACACUGAGCAGGUACACACGUGUGUGGUGUUUGAUAUUUCAAGUCACAGUGAAGCUUAGACUGUAAGUCAAUUGUAAAUCAUUGACACCAGACCAACUGCAUGGGACUGCUCAGUGAAUAACCUUGUAAGACAAAGACAAAGGGGCAGCUUGAUGGAUUGAAUACUGGUUCAGUAUUCAGUUCAAAUGGUUCAGUAUUUUCAGUCAGUUGUUUAGGAAUAUAUAUAUAUGUAUAUACUGUAUAUGUAUAGAUAGAUAGAUAGAUAGAUAGAUAGAUAGAUAGAUAGAUAGAUAGAUAGAUAGAUAGAUAGAUAGAUAGAUUUUCAUUUAGAUUUCAUUUAGAGUUUGAGUUGAUUAUUGAAACAGAAUAUUAAUCACCCUUCACAAGGAGGGUCAGCCAUAGAGGGUCCCUGCUGAAGAGUCUGGCUGUCAAAAGAGUGGAACAAGAUUCACGGAAAGAUGAGAGAGUAGGUGCAUGAAGAGUCAGGACAGGUCAGGUCAGUCAGGACAACAACUGUUGCUCAAUAAUACGACCCUCCUGAACCUAACAGGGUCAGAAGAGUCUUAUCUGGGUUAAGGGGAAAAACACUGGACUGUUGCCUCUCAGGUCUAAGGUCCUCUUUCCAGAUGAAAGUCAAAUGUGGACUGGAAAUCAAGGUCUCUGAGCCUGGAGAGAGAUCUGAGUGGCUCAGAAUCCAAGUUACUUGAGGACCAGCAUUAAGUUUCCACUUUCUGUGAUGACUUAGGGUGCUGUGUCAUCUGCUACUUUUGGUCUACUGUGUUUUAUCAAGUCCAGAGACAGUCUGCCAGGAGAUUUUAGAGACCUCCAUGCUUCCUUCUCCUGACCAGCUGUAGAUGCUGAUUUCCUUUAAUCCAGAAACUGGUUUAUUAAACUCUGGUGUUACUGUGCCUGACCGGACCAGUAUUUGUUAAGCGGACAAUGAGAAGCACGCAAGUAUACUCUGCAGUGUUAAGGGCUGAUCACCUUAUAACCACAGUGCACUUUUUAGAAGAUGAUUUUUUUUGUUUGUUUUUAAAUCAAAUCUGUUAUUGAUAAUUGAUAAUAGGAAAUAUUCUAAUUAUUUGAGAUACUUGAUUUUUACCAACAGGCUACAGGAAAUUUAUGAAAGUUUACCUUUUUGAUUUUAAUUAUAUUGAAUUAACUUUCUCAUAUUAUUCAUAUUCAUUAAUGCCCCUGUGUGUUUUAUCUUGUUUUUAGCUCUACACUAAUCAAUAGUUUGUUGUUUUACAAAUCCGUGUAUGUAAAUUGAAGCCGUUUGCUGUCCUAUGAUUUUAGAUCUAUAUGAAGCCAUUGUAAUUUUCCUGUGAUGUAUUUUGUGAUGUGUUCAUGUGAGUAGAGCACAGUCUAUGUGUGAUGACACCUCCUCAGAGCUUCAGAGAAUGGCAGCCAUUGACAGAAGAGAGGUCAAUUCCCAGAAUUCUCUCCGUGGGCGUGGUGCUCUGUCCAGGUAUGACAGUUGAUUGAUGAUCAACCAUACAAGCAGACAGGUGUGAAUAUGUGUGUGUGUGUGUGAAAAAGUGAAUUAUCAGUGGAGUGUAAUAUACCAGCCUAUCAUUAGUCUGCUUGUCUGCUGUCAGGAUAGUCAACAUGGUGAUGACUCUGAGAGAAUGGGCACAGAAGAGUCUGACAGAGGAGACUGAGCGGCCUGAUUCCUUCUUGGAACGUUUCAGAGGCCCCGCCCACACUGACCAACAAGCUCCAUCCAGCAGGUUCAGCCACACUGGUUCUGAUGUAGAUAACGAGAUCAGACGCUCCAGACACAAGUAAGACAACGAGAACCUGACGAGUCACAUACACGGGAAACAGUCACGAAACGAAAAAAAAAGGAUUCUUGUUCAGGAUGAGUUUUUCCGCUUUCUCUCUCUCAGGAGGAAGACGUUUAGUGUCGUGGUCCUGUCACCAUCUGAUGAUGCGUACUACCACUGGUUGUUGGUGAUUGGUGCUACUGUCUUUUAUAACUGGACUCUGCUGGUAGUCAGGUUUGAAUUGUUAUUACUGCUUGACAAUGGUAGCAGCAGUAGUUUCAAUACCGUCACUAGCACAGAUGGAAACUGCAGAGCUGAGCUCAUUUGAGGAGUAACUAAGCUGAAAAUGCAAACUACAUGUGAGGUUAUCAGGUAGAUAGAAUUAGCAUAAAUAGUGAACUGCAGAUUGAAAGCUUAGGAAAGAAAAAGGACAGCAAAAAAAAGCACAUGCAGAGACAAAUGACUCAACAAUAGAUGAGUAUCUUUAGACCAAACAGGUCAAAAAAGAGGGCAAGUUCGUCACAUUUUGAUACUGUAGGGUCCAAUGUGAUCGGAUAUUAUGAUAUCUGACAUUUACAUACACCUACCUUUAUGUACUUUUCUCAAAAGUUGUGGUAAAUCAGCUUUCCUUAAAAAUGUAGUGAUUUGAAAUGAGCCUCAUACGGUCGCACCAAAAUAUAUGUAGCGAUUUGAAAUGAGCCUCACAAGGCCGCACCAAAAUAAUACUUGGCGAUUGGAAUUUAUAAUAAAUGUCUGAAGAUUAAUAAUCUCAAAUUAUGACAUUUAUGCACUCGUUGAAAGGGGCACCACCCACCCUUAAUGGUGGGAAAACAAAGAAAACAAAAGUUUAAUUCAGAAAUCAAACAUCAAGUCAGUUUUAAUUAAUCAGUCUUAAUUAAUCAGUCUCAUAUCUUAAGUCGAAAUUCUAAUUUCAGGGACUCCACUUCUGGAAGAACACUAACAGACAGGAACUUAGAAAAAUAAUGAUCUGUUUAUUACAGGAUAAAUGAUGGUACAACACACAUGCAAUAAAUGAUGAUAAGAUAAUGAGGAUAAAAUAAUAAUAGGUGAAUAAAUAAAGAUUCUGAGUCAGGCUAGGAGCACUAAAGUUAAUGAUAGUGAGUGAAUAUGCGCUAACAUAUUAACCUACACUAACUUUGGUGUCGAGAUAAACUCGGAUGUGGAUUUGGAGGAAUCUAAGAUCACCAGAAAUAGGUGGAUAUCUGAGUUAUGAACGCGUGAGACAGCACCAGCCCUCUUUGGAGCUCUGGAGGUUUGCAUACUUAAGUGAGACUGGUCCUUGGAGAAGAUGGAGCAGGUUCCGAAGGUCCGGGCUACUGGCGGUUCGAGCGGUUCAGCUCAGAAGACGACUGAAGUCAGCCGAAGGAUGAGCCAGGAGUUGCAGCACUCGGGCCCGAAGCAAAGCCAGCGCCUGUGGAUCCUGUGGAUGCUCGUUUGGGUACUUCUUUGGUCUCACUCAAAAACUCUGGCACAGAGGAUGACCUGGGCCUGUUGGGUUGCGUUCGGAGGUGACUUUGAAAUCACGCAGAAAACUCAGAAAAACGAGGCUCGAAGAGCAGAGAAAACUUUCAAAAAUGGCUUCGCGAAAUUAAAGAAAAAUCAAUCAAAGGCUUAAUCUUGAAUUGCUAUGUGCACAAAAAGUUGAAGUUUCAAAACUUGAACUAAGACGAUGUUAAAGAAAAAUCAACGUGAAUCAACACGUGGCGUAAAACUUAGAAGACUAAGAAAAAGUUCUAAGAGAAAACAAAGAAACGCACCACAGAAGGGUGUGGGCAGAAGAGAAGGGGCAUAAGAGCCGGGGACAAGAGAGUCAGUAGAAGAGCAGAAGCAUAAGAGAGAGUAAGAGGAGCAUAAGAGGAAUAAGGCAAGAGAUGGACAAGAGAGUGAGCAACCCCACUUCACUGGUUUUAUCUUCUCACACUGGGUGUGUCUGAGGAGAAAGAGGAGGGGGUCAUCGGGUCUCUGAUUAUUUGAUCUAACUUAUUCUUUUGGCUGGUAAAAGAGUCAGAUCUGAUACUCACUCACUAUGAUUAAUAUCAUUGAAUGCUUGGUUUCAUGAUAAAUAAUUUGAUACUAAACACAUAUGAAUGAAGUGUAGGAUCACAUCAAACAUUCUCAUUAUGUUUUAAGUAUCACAUUGAACAUGCUAAAUUACUCUGAAAUGAAACAGAUAGUAACACAUAGAAACUGUGAACAACAAAAGAGUAAACACGUGAAUGAACGUCAUCAUGAUUAAUAAUGGAUUCUAAAUACUCACAUUCAGAUUAUUCAGUGACAUUAUAACCACCUAAUGGUUAAGAUACCAAAUAAAUAGCUAAAAUAUAAACCAAACAUUUCUAAACUAUUUCUGUUACUUAGAGUAAACUUAGGAUUCAUAGUCAAUAAAUUUAACUCUUAAAAGUUCAUGAAACAGUCUGAAAAGCUGUUGGUCUAAAGAACUAAAGAAUAAGGAUUUAUUCUGUCAGAUAAGAUAACUUGGCUUCUGAAGCACAUAGAAAAACGGGAAACAUCUCAUUUUAACACAAAUUUCAUGAUUAGACAGAUUAGUACAUUGCUGAAUGCAUAAGAUGUCAUGAUCAGUCAUUUGUAUUCUUUCACCAAAGGAAUGCAGUCUUUAUCAGUGUAUGGUCGAGCAGGGUUUUACGACCGAGGUCUGGAGGUCAGUGUCCCCCCUUAUCCUGGGGUCCGUAUGUUCACACACUUUAAGACGCUUAAUCUCAAAUGGGAGAUCUGGGUUGAGGUUAAUGUUUAUUUAGAUGGUCAGCAAAUGGAGUCAGUUUGAAAGGUAAUAAAAACUCUGUCUCUGUUCGCCGAACUGACCAAUCCUGAAGAGUCAGAGGUUUAGUCAACCUCCGGUUGGGUCACUUAUUUAACCUGAAAGUGCAAACACGUCUGGAAAGAUUUAUAUCCUGUUUCCUGGGACCAGAUAAGGAAACUUUCCUGUAAGGAAUGUGUGGGUUUCACAUCCAGGGUUGUCUUGAUUGCUACAAAAAAAUGACUGAUUACUAAUUUGCUUGUAUCAUAGCAUCAUAUCACAACAGUCCAUAGAUUUAUCCUGCCAACAAACCUGUCAUUUUAUUUUCCUUGAGUAUCCUCCCAACAGCAUCCAACUUGACAUAACCUCUGGCAUAUUUUCAGCCCAUCAGCUACAGAGACAGAUUUUAUUACCUGGGUAUGAUACUCAUACAAGAUAAUAUUCAGGCUCAUCUUGCUCUAUGUCUUCUAGAGAUGAUAACACCUCACUUUAACAAGACAGUUCAAAUGUCUGUUCACAGUCCUGAGGGUUCAACAAGUGAUCCAGAUUUGAUGUAGUUCUUCUUCUUAGUGUCAACCAUUACCCUGGCAGGAAAGACUUUCAAAAUGCACAACCUACAGUUGUCUUCAACAGCUAAUAAGGUUGAGAACAUUAUCCCACAGGACUUUCUGAGAGGGGUUUAUCUUACUUGUAAUGCCAUUGUUACUACCACAUAUGUCAGCAGGUAGGUUUGUUCAUUAUGCAUGAUUUCCCUGUUUCUUUGUCUACAGGGCCUGCUUUGAUGAACUCCAGAUGGCAAAUGUGCUGGUCUGGAUGGUCCUAGACUACAUCUGUGAUGGAGUUUACAUUCUGGAUAUAGCUGUCCGCCUCCACACAGGUACUGGGAAAAUAAAUGUGAUAAGUGUAAGAUUUGUAGUUUUUUCAUGGCAAUAUGGAAAUGUUGUUUUUUAUUGAGAUAAGCUCUAUGAUCUUGGUCAUAGCUCGCAUCAACACAGAGGUUUCAGUAGAGGUGAUCGUGAGUGGACAGCCUUCAAAAUGUUAGGAAUCGAACAAAGGCUAGGAUCCAAAAAUGCAGAGGCAAAAGCCCAAAUUUAUUGACAAUAAACAAUAGAACAAAGUAACAACAGAAAAUCGCCGUUUUCGGGAAGAGGCACGGUUGGCUCGGACUGCCACUAAAAAGACACAAAUACAGAGUUAGAAAAAAGGUCACUGCAGCAAGGCAAAUAGCUGGUGAAAAAACAAAGUUCAAAUGAUAGUGCCACGUGGGGCAAGUAACAACUAAGGAUGUAAAAGUCAAAGUGCAACAGAAAAUCGCAAACCAAAAAAUCUUCUCAACUGGAGGAAAAAACACGAACAAAAAAAUCCCCGUUGCUCAAGGGAAAAAUUCUCUGGAAAGUAACAAAAGAAUUCACAAACAAAUACUGAGAGGUAGGCUGGAUACACGGGCGGGAGAUCAGGGAGCUCGGCAUGGCAAGACACGUGUAGCAUGAAUGAGUCCGGCACUGAGUCGACAGAGGAGCUGGCAUAUAAAACCAGGUAAUUGACAACAACGAGAAUCAGGUGCGUGCAAUCAGGCGGCAGUAGCUCAGGAGGUAGAGCUGUCGUCCAAUAACCGGAAGGUUGGCGGUUCAAUUCCCCCCUAAUCCAAGUCUGUCCGUUGUGUCCUUGGGCAAGACACUUAACCCACCUUGCUCCCAGUGUGUGUCCUCCACUGGUGUAUGAUUGUGAAUGUUGUGUGGUGGUGGUCGGAGAGGCCAUAGGCGCAGAAUAGCAGCCACGUUUCCACCACCACCAAAGUGUGACUGUGUGAGUGAAUGAAUGAUGUAUCCAAUGUAAAGUGCUUUGAGGGUCUCUGAUAAAGCGCUAUAUGAAAUCUAAUGCAUUAUUAUUAUAAUCAGUCCGGGCCAUGUCAUUCAUGCAGGUUGGUAACCACACAGCUGCACCCUUGAGACAAACUGUUCAAGUGGUAUUAUGCUAGUUUAACAAGACAAAGCCUACACACAAAUAUAUAUCCUCUUUCUAGACCAAAAUACGAACAAUGUGCAUUGUAUGAUGAGAUGCUAUCCAAGCAGAGCAUUAUAGCAGUUUGCUCCAUCUUGAGCACAACAUAUGACCGUCAAUUAUGACCAUCAUUAAGGGCUUACAAUAGCACAAAUAGAGGUUAUUUAACUGGCAAGUAACUCUGGUGCAAACUAGAGUGGGUGACAACAUUUAAGCACUUAGUUGAUGAAGUGGGUGCACUGAGAUGGGUGUUUAUGUGGCUUCUUGGCUUCUGCAGCUCACCUAAUGUGGACACAAGAGGAACAGGUAUAAUUUUGACACAUUGUGCUCUCUGAAAUACUGGCAGCACAGACACAGAAAAGGGCAGAGGCCUGUACUACGAAGCUGGAUUUGGUCUUAGCGAGAUAACUUCUGGAUAACUUCUGGGUUUUCUGUACUACGAAGGUGGAUCUCUUUUUAUCCGGGUCUGUUGCCCCGGUAACUUACGCGGAACGCCAAACCAGAGGCCUGGGGCCUGUUCUACGAAGCAGGAUUACUGCUUAGCGAGAUAACUUCGAGGGUAAGUUCGGGGUUUCCUGUUCUACGACGCGGGUUCACCUCUUAGCGAGGCGAGUCUCCAUAGCAACGUACGCUGAACGGCUAAACUGCUCCGGGGCAGGUUAAGUUCCAGAUUGAACUCAAAGAGUAUAAGAACCCCGCCCACUGACCAAUGAGCUCUCUCGAAAAACGGCUUGUCCGUUCUCGGAGGAUCCUGUAGACCUCGGUGCUCGCAUUGUCCGAGGAGGAGCACUCCGGCUCGCGAGAGUUUACAGGGAGAGUUUUCUCCGGAUGACCACCUUUAUGAAAGGCUCAUAUGGCCGACAUAUUACACAAAAACAUGUAAACACGAUAGGAAUGAACAAAUGAAUGAUUCAUCUUGGAAAUGAAUGGGCAUGGGCUGCGCGAUCACAGACAACAUCUCGGUACUAUUUAGUAGCAGCGCACGCCGCUUAUAAUAACCCCCGUAAAUACUGUUGUUCAGGACUGUUACUUGUGCUUCCUACCUACUGUAAUAACCGUUGUUCUUGCCCACAUGCAACACUUUUGUUCUCAUUCAUGAAACGCUUAAAUCGGGGACAUUUUCGGGGACAGCUUUAGCCGGGGACAGAUCAUCCAAUUCGGGGACUGUCACCUUAGUUAAAAGCGCAUGUUGAACAGUGCUUUUUCAGGGUGAUAAUGGCAUCAAAGAUGCAUUUUCUGCCAGCAUUCCCUCAGUGCUUUUGCGGCGGCGACGGUGUUGCUUUUGGCGUUUGUGAUAGCUUUCAAUUCUUCACACAUUCUCAUGAUCGUCUCCUGCUCCUUGUUUGUAAAGUCUGCGGUCCUUCACUCUCCAGCCUGCUCUGACGCUCCAGACGGAUCCAUGUUCGCGAUUGGUCAGAUGCGGCGGGCUCCGCCUUAUAUGUGUGCACGCGCUCAUAGCAGAGCUGGAUCCACUUAUGAGGUUGAUAACCAGCGUCGUAAAACCGCUUAGCGAGACCGCUGGCUACCGCGCUAAGUUGAGCGAGGUAGCUCCAAACCUACCCCGCUAGGUUGAACCUACUUCGUAAAACAGGCCCCUGUACUACGAAGCCGGAUUUGGUCUUAGCGAGAUAACUUCUGGAUAACUUCUGGGUUUUCUGUACUACGAAGGUCGAUCUCUUUUUAUCCGGGUCCGUUGCCCCGGUAACUUACGCGGAACGCCAAACCUGCUCCGGAGCAGGUUAUGUUUCAGGAUAAGAUCUCAGCAGGUAUAAAAAACCGCCCACUGACCAAUCGGAUCUCUUGGAAAAUGGCUUGCCCACUUUUGCCGGAUCCCGGGGACAUCGUUGCACGGAUAGUGAGAGGAGCGCUUCGCCGAGAGCGUUAUAUUCAUGAUCGUUCAAAUCCGUUUGAUUUACCUGAUGACGUUCUCUAUGAACGUUACAGGUUUUCCUCGGACGGCCUCAAUAUUCAGGUAGCAUGAAGUCUAAGCAAUACACUAAAAUUUGCCAAGCUCCAGGUUCAAAUUUGUUAGUCAUCUUUCAGAAUUCAUUGAAGCAGAUUAGAAAACUCUUAACCCCAAAUGUGUCUGCAGAUGACGUGACCAUCAGAUGAUAGAGAAAAAAAAAAGGCAGUGUGAGGAAAUCACUGUUUACGUGUUGAAAUAUGUACAAAUAAAAUCUUCCAAUAAACUUACAAACUACUUUAAAGGAUGUUUUUAGAUUUAUUUUUAUUUGCUCCCACGUACUCUUUUCCCCACUGCUGUUGUAUCUGAAAUAAUGAGGUCAGUGAUGGUGGUGAUCACACACGCUGCAUGACAAUAUAUUAGGGGGCCAUAAAUUUAUGAACGCACAAAUGUAAUUUACACAACCGGUGAUUUUUUUUUGCCGGCAGUCCCUCCGGCUUUUAGCGGCUGUGUCUGUCUCACUGUUUAAAUAAUGCUCUGUUCUUCAGCUGUGAAAAAUGACGUGCAGCCUCCUCCAUUGUGGAGAUUGGUCCGGUGGCACUGACCCGACCCCCUUUACGUGUGCGCGCACAGAUCUGAACUGGAUUCAGUUAUCGAGUUGAUAUCCUGCUUCGUAGUACAGCUGAUCGGGAUCGCGGAGAUCCGGUGAAGUUGAGCGAGUUGUCGCAGAGUUAUCCUGGAUUUGUUAAUCCAGCUUCGUAGUACAGAGGCCUGUACUACGAAGCUGGAUUAACACAUCCAGGAUAACUCUGCGACAACUCGCUAAACUUCACCGGAUCUCCGCGAUCCUUUCCGUAUAAAACAUGGCCUACUUUUGGGUCAAUGUGCAGAUGUUACAGAUUUCAAUGUUAGUCAGUGGAUUGUGGAUUUUACCCAGAUAUGAAUACAAAUCUUGCCUGGCCUGCAACUGUCCCCAAUCUGUCAACCAUGACAGAGCACCAUGUGUUAACCCAACACACUGUUUUUAACAAGUGCUAACCAUGUGACUUAGAAAUCAACUAAACAACGAUUAAAACUAAGUUGUGAUUAAUUCCAUACCAAAUAAACCACAUGAAAAAAUUCCUUUAAUACAUGAAAACAAGUUUUUUUUCCAGUUAAUCCAGAAGAUUAUGCCAAAUAUGUCUUCUGUCCUGCCGGUGGGAGGGUCCAACUGAGCAUCUGCAGUAUCAGUGUCAUCAAUCUAGCAUGUUUCUGAUUGGAGUAAUAAGCAUUGUUGCAACUGUUCACAGUCUCCCCUUUCUUUCUUUCUUUCUUUCUUUCUGGACAUGGUUAAAAAAAAAAUAUAUAUAUAUAAAAAAACACACACAAAACAACAGUUAAGAAUAAAAUGAAAUAAGUGCCUCACUUAGAAGCACAUCAAUCUUACUUAUCACAACAAAAUAAGAACAAAACCAAAACCAGAGUAUCCACAUGUCCAAAAAAGGGGUAAGAAGAAGUCAAAGACUUGUCUAGUCUUACCCCUCUGUUACUGAUCUCAUGUAACUUAACUUAAACACUAUAACUAAAUGUCUAUAGAAACAAACAAUUACUUCCUUUGAUGAGAUGUAAGGUUAACCCUCAUCUGGAUGUAGGACAGAAACUAAAACCAAGUCAUAAGAGUCAACAGAAGUUUCACAUCGAACUUCUGCCACAGUGGCUCCACAGUCACCCCUCCCUCGUGCUUGUGCAUUGAUUCCAUAGCAGAGUGAAAGAAUAUGAUUUUAUAUUGCUCACACUGUCUCACCCCUGUUACCACCUCUGAUCACAGCUCAAGGUCAGGAAAACUCUGUUCCAAUGUUAUUCCUCCAUAACAUUUAUGAUGAAGUAUACACAUGCCACAAGAAUAAAACACUCAACUUGAAUGUAAGAGGGACGAAAAACAAAGUCUAAGGAUGAUGGUGAGCCUGAUACUGGCUCAGGUAGGAGUGUGGUUUUAAGUUAUUUAUAAUAACUACCUUAGCAGGGUUAGUCCUCCUUUGUAUGGAUUCUACUGCAUAACUGUGUGGUUCCUGCAUGGCUCUAAGGUUCUGGAUCCAAUCAGUCUUAAUUUGAACUACAGUAGUAUGUUUUAUCUGAGACACACCAACAUUAAUUUGACUUUUUUUUCUGUUAUUACAUCGUUAAGGUUUCUUGGACCAAGGUUUGAUGGUGAAGGAUGUGCGGCGCCUCAGAGAAACCUAUGUUCGAACCUUACAGUGUAAACUUGACAUUUGCUCCAUCCUGCCCACUGACCUCCUCUACCUGAGUGUGGGAAUCAGUUACACUCCUCUUCUUCGAUUUAACCGUCUGCUGCGCCUCCCCCGCCUCUUUGAGAUGUUUGAGCGUACUGAGACACGAACUAGCUACCCCAACGCUUUCCGGAUCUGUAAGCUGGUUCUGUACAUCCUGGUGAUCAUUCACUGGAAUGCCUGUGUUUACUACAGCUUCUCCAAGGCCCUGGGACUGGGAUCAGAUUCAUGGGUUUAUCCUAAUGCAUCAGAUCCUGAGUUUGGCUCCCUGACUAGAAGUUACAUCUACUGUCUGUACUGGUCCACUCUAACACUGACCACCAUUGGAGAGACGCCUCCUCCUGUCAGAGAUGAAGAGUAUUUGUUCCUGAUUUUUGACUUUCUGGUAAGUUUGUGGCAAACUAACCGAGAUCAUCUGACUUUGACUGGCCUUUGAGUGAGCCUUACAGCAUUUUGAUUACAGUUAUUCCGGCCCAUCUACAGGCUCACACAAAUGUUUUUCUCUGUUUUAGGUUGGUGUCCUGAUUUUUGCCUCCAUUGUGGGAAACGUUGGCUCUAUGAUCUCUAAUAUGAAUGCCACCAGAGCAGCUUUUCAGAGCCGUGUAGACACGCUGAAACACUACAUGCACUUCAGACACGUAAGCAAGGGGCUAGAGCAGCGGGUCAUCCGCUGGUUUGACUACCUCUGGACCAAUCAGAAGACAAUAGAUGAACAGGAAGUUCUGAGGAGUCUGCCCAAUAAACUGAGAGCAGAGAUUGCUAUCAACGUUCAUCUGGACACACUGAAGAAGGUAGAGACACAUUUAUCUAUCCUCUUUAUCUCUGAUAAAGCACUAUAUGAAAUCUGAUGCAUUAUUAUUAUUAUUUUAGUACAGUGCAGUAGAAGCUUAAUUACUUCUGUGUGUGUGUGUGUGUGUGUGUGUGUGUGUGUGUGUGUGUGUGUGUGUGUGUGUGUGUGUGUGUGUGUGUGUGUGUGCACGCAUGUGUUGUUUCACCUUUGUUUCUGACAUAGGUGCGUAUUUUCCAAGACUGUGAGUCAGGCCUUCUUGUAGAAUUGGUCUUAAAACUUCGGCCGCAGGUCUUCAGUCCUGGAGAUUACAUCUGUAGAAAGGUCAGUAUUUCUUAUAAGGGUGGGUAGGUUUUCUAAAUUUCCAACACUGAACUGAAAAACUGUUAUAAUGUAUCAAACCGCUACCCAAAAAUUCAGUUUUAUGUCCUUUUUAAUCUGUAUAUGCUACCUGUUAAAAAAGUCAUCAGGAGGCAUGGCAUCAACUUUCAUAGCAAUGCAGAUAAAACACAGCUGUGUCUCCUCAUGACCCAGGACUGACUGAUUCCCCUUUUAACUGUAUUUUAGAUUUGUGUCAUGUAUGACAGAGAAUGUCUCAAAGCUUUAACAGGACAAAAUGCAGGUUUUAGUCAUGCAGGUACUGGCACCAAGGGAUGCAACAGUACUUUUAUUGUUUUCAAAUAAUCUUUGUGAUCGAUCUCAUUUUAUAUAUUUCUUAACUAAUUUCUAAGUGUUAUGAGUUUCUCCAAGUUUUACCUUCAGUGUUUCCUCAUCUUGAGCUCAUAAUGGUGUUUCCUUCAUUCCUUAAUCCUUAAGUUCAUUUUUUAUUUGGUCUUUUCCUUUUUUGGUCUUGUUGUUUAAUACUUUUUGUUUGUGAUGACCUGGACUAGGAAUGAGGGUUUUGAUUGUAUACACUUUUCAAUGUAAAACAUAAUGUGCUUCAUUUUGUAGUUUGUAACACAAAGAAAGUCUUACUGAUUGUUGAUUGAAGUCAUUAAAACCCACAGAAUGCAUGUUGAGUGCGUUCCGUCAGCAUCAUGUGCUACACAGCAAAUACACUCCUGUUUUAACCAAUGCAGCAUUGCACACAGGAGUCAAAAUAUUCAAAAUACAGGUUAAACCAAGUCAAAGGCUAAGCAGUCUCAGCACCCAAUAUUUUGAAGCCAUCACACUCAUUGUAGUGGUUGCUGGUUCAGUUCUCGAUUAAGACCCUAUGCGACAUGUCUAUGUCCAAAUGUCCCGCCUCUCUUCAGCUGUCCCAUCUAAUAAAGGCAAAAUGUCCAUAUUUUUGCCUUUUUUAAAGAUUUUUCCUCUCAUUUCUCUCAGUCCUGGUGCUGAUAUACUUCCAUAUGUUUUAUAAGCAGGAAUCCAUGGUGACCCAAGAGAUGAUAGGACACAGAUGUUUGUUAUUGUGCCUAUCUGCUCAAGGGACUCAUUUUUAAAUCUCUAAUCCUUUUCUUUUGUUUUUGUUUCUUUUCAAGGGUGAUGUGGGUAAGGAGAUGUACAUAAUCAAAGAAGGCCAGCUGGCAGUGGUGGGGGAGGAUGGCUUCACCCAGUUCGCCGUUCUGACUUCAGGAAGCUGCUUUGGAGAAAUCAGUAUCCUCAACAUCAGUGGCAGCAAGAUGGGGAACAGACGUACCGCCAAUAUCCGCAGUCUUGGAUACUCAGACCUGUUCUGCCUUUCCAAACAAGACCUGAUGGAGGCGCUUCAGGAGUUCCCCCAUGCCAGAGCUCAGCUGGAGCAGAGGGGGCGGGACAUCCUGCAGAAGGAGGGUCUUCUGGAGGAAAUAAAUGUAUCUGCAGGAGAGGACGUGGAAGAGAAGCUGGAGAGGCUGGAAACCAGUCUGGACCGUUUACAGGUCACAGCCAUUAGCCUGCUUCUUCUAGUUCUGUUGAUACCAUUGUCAUGUUUGAAACAAAUCAUACAGUAUUAAAAAUAAUGUAAUCUAAUGAAUACUUUGUUUUCAGACAUGUUUGGCCCGGCUGCAGAGCGAGUUCAAUUCUUCUCAGCUCCGUCUCAAGCAACGACUCACAACUCUGGAACUAAACACCACCACAGUGGUGACAGGAAGUGGUUUCCUGUCAGAUGGUAAUGAAAGUGGCUCUGGCGGUGAUGGUGCUCGCAGUGAAAUCAACAUCCGGCUCUGA